GCAAAGUCCUCCGUUUGGGUAAAUUAAGCAUCAUGUCCAGCGAAGCUGUUCUCACUGUCCGCUUGGUCAGAUCGUUUCAGCAUCGCAAUUUCAAACCAGUAGUUUUCCGCGAUGUAAAUCUGGAUCAAACUGUGGAGCAGUUCAUUGCAUUUGUCAAGAAUGAUGUUUCCACGCGUACCGGUUUGCCGCCUCCCUUUAAGAAGUUUGACUAUGAUACGAUGAAGAUCAUUCACCAAGCCCACGGAGCAAAGACGAACGAGUUGGUGAUGAGUUUAGAAGAUGAUGAUAAACUGAUUCUACGUAACGGCCUUAGUUUACGGGAAUGUGGCGUUGCCAAUGAGACAGAACUUGCCUUCUUUAAGAUUGCAGACUAUGAGGAGUACAAGGCUAAUCCCCAGACUGUGUGGUGA